ACCUGACGUUGCGGCCGUUGGUGACGUCACCGGCGCACGCGCCGCGGCCGUUGGCGGCGGGCGGGGCGAUGGCGCUGCUGGUGCGGGACCCGCUGGAGGCGCGGGCGCGGCCGCUGCCGCUGCCCCCCGGCGGCGGCUCCGUGCGCGGCCUCCUCUGCGCCCGCGCUCGGGCCCUGAGCAUUCCGGAAGAAAGUUUGUACGUGAAAUGUAACGGGCGGCUGGUUGACGCUGAAGAUGCGCUGCAAAAUGGAGCUGUCUAUAGCCUGGAACCGAGGCUUUGUGGCGGAAAAGGAGGUUUUGGAUCUAUGCUGCGGGCACUUGGUGCUCAGAUUGAAAAGACAACGAAUAGAGAGGCUUGCCGAGAUCUCAGUGGAAGGAGACUUCGAGAUGUCAAUCAUGAAAAAGCGAUGGCUGAAUGGGUGAAGCAGCAAGCAGAAAGGGAAGCAGAAAAAGAACAGAGGCGCUUGGAAAGGCUGCAGCGGAAACUUGCAGAGCCAAAGCACUUUUUCACAAAUCCAGACUAUCAGCAGCAAUGUCAUGAGAUGGCUGAGCGACUAGAAGAUUCAGUCCUUAAAGGAUUGCAGGCCACUUCCAGCAAAGUAGUGUCACCAGGAACCAGCGAUAGUCGGAAACGUCCAAAUGAAUCUGAAAAUAAUGGAACAAAAUCUGGAAAAAGAAAAUGUUUUUGGCUGGGAUUGGAAGGGUUGGAUGAUCCCGACAGUUCAGAAUGUGAUGAUGACAGUGAAGAUGAUUCCGCUCAUGCAUCUGGAGGAAGUUGUCCAUCAAGCAGCAGGUAUAAUGAAAAUCCUGAAAAUUCAAAUGAAUGUUCAAGUAGCUCUGUGGAUUCAGCAGAGAAUAGUUCAGCUACCAAUGCUGCGAAACCACUGGAGCAUCCAGAACGUACUGGAAGAGAUCUGCAAGGGGAGACACUCACAAAGGAGCAAACCAAAAUUCCAAGCGAUGAGAACAGCAAAACGGCAGAGACCCUGAAAGAAGACGCCCAGGAAAAGAAUGAAGUAACCAAAGCUCUGAAAGAAGGGGAGCAAGAAAACGUUUCCUGUAAGGAACAGGAAAAAAAACAGUUACAGAGCACGGAGGUGGAACCGAUAGAUCUACUGUCAUUCAACUCUGCUGCUGAAAUGGAAGUGCUGGGAUUAGAUAAACUGAAGUUGGAACUGAUGGCUUUAGGACUGAAAUGUGGAGGCACUUUACAGGAAAGAGCAGCAAGACUUUUUUCAGUGAGAGGUCUAUCUAGAGAACAGAUUGAUCCUGCCUUAUUCGCAAAGCCCUCUAAAGGGAAAAAAAAGUGAAUUUUGAAAUUAUUUUGUGUCUGAGUGCUUUUAAAUUUUCCUUAUUCUACUGACAUUCUGUACUGCCACCUAGAAUUCUUUGGCAUAUCUAGAUAGUAUCUGGUUUCUAUUUUUAAUGAAGUUUGAUUAAUGUAAAACAGAGUAAGUUGCUAGAUAAUUGUGUUCAGUAUUAAAGGAGUGGAACUAUUUUCUUCUGAUAUGCUUUACAAAUGGUUAUAACAAGUCUUAAUGUAAGAGGUAGAACACACUGUCUGUAGACAGAAAGAAAUAACCUGACUGUUUUCCAGAAAAUUAAUGUGUGAUGCUGUCAUCACCUAUUUUAAGAAAAGUAGCAAUCCUUUCUUAGCUUUAUAUUGAAUCUCCUCUAAUGUUUAUUGCAGUUAGCACAGUUGCAACUGUCAAAUGACAAACAUUGAACACACGAUAAAGAGAACAUUUUUAUAUAGAUGAGGUUAGUAAUAUAUAAUAAAUAAUAAAUAAAUGCACUGUUUUGUGAA